AUGGAUACGCCAUCAGUACGCCCACGUCAGAACAGUACGGAGGAGACGGUAUCGCGUGGCAAAGGAGGCGGGUUACGCGAUUGCAAACACUAUUCGGUGUCGACGGAAACGACGUGUUCGCGGUUUAUAACGCAACGAAAGCGGCACGUGAGCUCGCAUCUCAAAAACAUAAAACCCGUCCUCAUAGAAUCGAUGACCUAUAGAUUGGGUCAUCAUUCUACCAGUGAUGAUUCGACUGUCUACAGGAGUUGGACCGAUAAAGAUCACCCAAUCAAGCGGUUCAAACACUAUAUCACAGAGAAAGGCUGGUGGAACGACGAAGAAGAGAAGAAGUGGCAGACAGAUUGCCGCAAGCGGAUUUUGAAGGCGUUCGGUGAAGCUGAAAAAGAGAAAUGGUCUCAUUAUCAUGAUAUGUUCGAGGAUGUGUAUAGGUUCGUCUUCUUUUUGCCAUGA